AUGGUGGACUUCCCCAACGGGCCGCCGGGUCAGAAGAUGGCGUUGAAUGUGCGCUCGAUCCAAGACCUCGACAUUGUCGGGAUGGUCAAGAAAACAUUUGAUGGCGCGUCAUACGGGGACAAGUACAGUCCUCCCGUCCACAAAGGCCCCAGCCCAACUGCCGAUAUCGAGGGUGGCAGGGUAUACACAGGCAGCUGCCACUGCGGUGAUCUCACCGUGGCGGUCAUCAGCAAGCCCAUUGACGAGACUUAUGAGGAUAUGAUUAUCGAGUGCAACUGCAGCAUCUGCUCAAGAGUUAGUAGACGCACAUGCCCGUAUCACCGUAUGUCCUACAACUGCAACUAA